AUGGAAAAUCCUCCGUUUGGGUUUUGGGCGAUUGGGAUAUUACUCGUCGGAAGCUUGAUCGUCGCUUCCGAUGCAUCGAUUCACGAGUACAAGAACGAGGGCUUCGCUGUACGCGCCAAUGCUCGCUUCUUCCAUGGAGGAAGCGAAGGCCUUUACGCUUCAAAGUUUCAUGAUUUGAACACUUCUUCUGAUAAACCUCUCAAAGGAAAGUCCUUUAUAAGGUUUGAUGAUGUGACCUUUGUGAGGACAAUGGAAUCUGCUAGGAAACAGAAUGCAAUGCAAUCAACCUCAGGGCUAGUGGAAGCAAUAAUACUCGAGGUGAAAGACCGUGAGAGGAUCGGAGGAACGUUUCUCAAUUCAAGCUUGAUCUGUUGCACGCCGGAGCUUGCUGAUGCAGGAUCUUGCAGUGUAGGGGAAGUUAUCAUCAAGAGAGAUUCGAGUGAUCUUGAGUGGCCAAGACAGAUCAAGACUUUCUUUAGAGGGAACAAGACUGAGGUUAACAUGUCCCCUGAAGCUGUGGUUAUAAACAAGACUGGGAUGUAUUAUCUUUACUUCAUGAUAUGUGAUCCGGAGCUGGAUGGUACUAUCAUCAGAGGAAGAACGGUUUGGAAGAACCCUGAUGGUUAUUUGCCAGGAAAGGUUGCUCCUUUAAUGAAGUUCUUUGGUUUCAUGUCUUUGGCUUAUCUCUUGCUUGGCCUUGUUUGGUUUCUGAGGUUUGUUCAGUAUUGGAAAGAUAUCAUUCAGCUGCAUUAUCAUAUCACUUUGGUUAUUGCUCUUGGCAUGUGUGAAAUGGCUGUGAGAUACUUUGAGUUUGCUAAUUUCGACUCGACUGGGAUGAGGCCAAUGGAUGUUACUCUGUGGGCUGUGACGUUUUCUUCCAUAAAGAAGACUUUGUCCAGGCUUCUUCUUCUGGUUGUCUCUAUGGGUUAUGGGGUAGUGAAGCCUACUCUUGGUGGUAUAACGUCGAGGGUGCUUCUUCUUGGAGUUAUAUAUUUUGUUGCUACAGAGGCUCUUGAGUUGGUUGAGCAUUUAGGAAACAUCAAUGACUUCUCUGGAAAAACAAUGAUAUUUUUGGUGAUUCCUGUAGCGUUACUGGAUGCUUGCUUCAUUCUCUGGAUUUUCUCAUCUUUGGCAAGAACCCUUGAGAAACUUCAGAUUAAGAGAAACAUGGCUAAGCUUGAGCUGUAUAGAAACUUCACCAACGCUCUUGCUAUCUCUGUUCUUCUCUCUAUUGCUUGGAUUGGUUUUGAGCUUUACUUCAACGCAACUGACCCUCUAAGUGAACUCUGGAAAAUGGCGUGGAUCAUUCCAGCGUUUUGGAAUUUGCUUGCAUAUGGUCUAUUAGUAGUCAUAUGCCUCCUUUGGGCACCCUCCAAUAACCCUACGAGGUACUCAUACUUAGCGGAAACAGGGGACGACUUUGAAGAGGAAGGUAUCUCGUUGACGGGUAGCGGAAAUAAGAGUACAAACGAUAUUGAAAGGAAUGAGCUUAUGUACGGGCUUGCAGACGACGUUGAGGAGGACAAGCGCGAGUAA